AUGGCUUCACCCCGGAAUCCGCGAGCUGUCCGCUACCUAAGAAACCAGAGUGCCAUAAUCUACGAGUGCCGACGGCACACGCACGACAACAAAUCGAUCAUCCACCCCUUCAGUAUCUUCCGGUACUGGUGGGACUUCCUAAUGCUGCUGAACCUCGUCGGGAGUCUCCUUUCCAUUCCCCACCAGGCGUCGUUCGAUAUGUCUAGGUCCCUGACCCCAUCCUGGACGCUCAUAAAAAAUUUAUCCCUCACCAUUGACUGCAUCGACAUUCUCCUCAAUUUUUCCACAGGAUACUUCGCCUGGACUCGAAGAACAGUGGAGAUGCGGCCCAAGAUGAUCGCCAAAAAGUACGUGCUAACAGGGACAUUCAUUCCAGAUUUCCUAGGCUCGCUACCAACGGACCUGUUCUUCAUCCCGACGUGGAACUCGUGGAUAGUCGCCCGUGAGUUAUCCAGCCUAAUCCACAUCUUCCGGAUAUUCUCAACGAGAACGUACCUGAAGAGAGUGGCAGAGGCAUACGACGUGCCCCCAAGUCUCUCCAGCAUCUUCACCUUCAUUCCACUGUUCCUGAUCAGCAUCCACUGGCUGGCAUGUAUCAGUUGGAUCAUCCCAGUCGCUUGUAUAUCGUUGACAGCGAUUGAGCACCCAGACGAGUCAUCGUCUUCCUGGAUAUUCACCCACGGGCUUUGGAACACGGAUGACCAGGUGAAGUACACAUCUUCCUUGAUGCGAGCAGUGACGAUUCUGACGAGAUCAGGAUUCUUGUCGAAAGAGCCAUUAGCUGAUGAGGACCAGUACAUCGCUAUGAUAAUCCAAAUCCUGGGAACUGUCACCCUGUGUUACGUCGUCAGCCAGGUGAUGCUGAUGUUCAAGGGUGGAAACAGCUCGAAGCUCAAGUACCAAGCGACAGUUGCUCAGUUGAAACAGUACAUGCAUCACAAGCAGCUCGAGAAGAACGUGCAGAAGCGCUUCCUUACGUACUACAAGUUUCGAUAUCAGCAGCACUUCUUCCGUGAAUCUGAGAUCCUCAAUACCCUCUCGUCGCAGGUUAAACUCGAAAUAGGUAUGUAUUUGUGCAGAAAGUUGGUGGAGAACGUGACUUUCUUCAAUAAUUUGCCUGUUUCGCUGCUGACGCGAAUCGUUGCGCAGCUGAAGUCUGAGAUAUUUCUGACGAAUGAUGUGAUUGUCAGAGCUGGACAGAUUGGUGAUUGCAUGUAUUUCAUAGCAACUGGUACAGUUGCUAUUUACACAGAUUCUGGCAGGGAGAUAUGUCAUCUCGAGGAUGGAGCGCAUUUCGGUGAAAUAGCAUUAGUCAUGGCUGAUGAGAGACGAGUGGCUAAUGUCAUUGCCGUGGAAACAUGCGAGUUGUAUAGACUCGAGAGAGCAGACUUCAUCAAGACAAUUCAUCCGUAUCCAAUGCUCUGGGACAGGAUAAAGAAAAUAGCGAUGGAGAGACACGAGAAGACAAUGAUACUGGAUACACAUUGA